AGUUGCCGCGCGGUUCUCCGGACCGUGGCGGGAGGGCCGAGGGGCCGCCAUGGAGCGGCUGGAGCCGGACGCCGCCGCCGACGAGGCCAUGGACUCGUUCCUGGAGAAGUUCCGGAGCCAGCCGUACCGCGGCGGCUUCCGCGAGGACCGGUGGGAGGAGGAAUUUGAAAAGAUCCCCCUGUUUAUGAAGGAAGCGCCGUCAGAAAUUGAUCCCAAGGAGAAUCCUGACCUGGCUUGCCUCCAGUCGAUUAUUUUUGAUGAAGAGCGGUCUCCGGAAGAACAGGCCAAGACCUAUAAAGAUGAGGGCAAUGAUUACUUUAAAGAAAAAGACUAUAAAAAAGCUGUGGUUUCAUACACUGAAGGAUUAAAGAAGAAAUGUGCAGACCAUGAUUUGAAUGCUGUUCUUUAUACCAACCGGGCAGCAGCACAAUACUAUCUGGGCAAUUUUCGUUCUGCUCUCAAUGAUGUGACGGCUGCCAGAAAGCUAAAACCCUGCCACCUCAAAGCAAUAGUAAGAGGUGCCUUAUGCCAUCUGGAACUGAAGAACUUUGCCGAGGCUGUGAACUGGUGCGAUGAGGGGCUGCAGAUAGAUGCCAAAGAGAAGAAGCUUCUGGAAAUGAGGGCUAAAGCAGACAAGCUGAAGCGAACUGAACAGAGGGAUAUAAGGAAAGCAAAAUUGAAAGAAAAGAAGGAGCAGAAUCAGAAUGAGGCUUUACUCCAGGCCAUCAAGGCUAGGAACGUCCGGCUAGUCUCUGAAGCUGCCGGUGAGGAUGAAGAUUCAGCCUCAGAAGGUCUCGGUGAGAUUUUCCUGGAUGGGCUCAGCUCUGAGAACCCCUACGGAGCCAAGCUGAGUGUAGAUGACCAGGGCAGAUUGAGCUGGCCUGUGCUCUUUCUGUACCCAGAAUACGCCCAGUCGGACUUCAUCUCUGCUUUUCACGAGGACUCCAGGUUUAUUGAUCAUCUAAUGGUGAUGUUUGGUGAAACACCCUGUUGGGACUUAGAGCAAAAAUACUGCCCUGAUAAUUUAGAGGUCUACUUUGAGGAUGAGGACAGGGCAGAGCUAUACCGGGUGCCUCCCGAGAGCACCCUGCUGCAGGUGCUGCAGCACCCCAGGUACUCUGUAAAAGCCCUGACACCAGCAUUUUUGGUCUGUGUAGGAUCCUCUCCUUUUUGUAGGAAUUAUCUCCGGGGGAGAAAGGUGCACCAGGUAAAGUGACCGAGCCAGGCUGGGAGCCAG